UAUCGGCAAAUUACUCGAAAAAUAUCUAACGAUCCGUAGCAAGGAAAUCGCUUUUGGUGGAAUGAGCAUACGUUGUUUACCGGAUAGAUCUACACUUUAACCUUAUAAAUAAUGAAUAUUUGAAAUACAAAUAGCUUAUCGUAUUUAACUAUAGUAAUGAAUGAUAAACACGUUUUUAUCUACUGAUGUUGCUAGUAAACUCUAGAUUCUAGUUAAGUUAGACUUUUACUCUAGAGUAGAAUCUAGUAGUUCUAGUACUCUAGUACUACUACUAAUUUAUUUACUAAUCUAGUAGUAAUAGUAAUAAUUAUAAGAUUAAGUAGUAAGUUAAUAGUAGUACGUAUACACUACACUCAAACACUGACUGCCAGUAGGCCUAACUGAAAUAAAAAAUCAAACCAUCAGUUGGUCAAAUUGAAAUAUCCAACAUCAACAAAAAUAUUUUAAAUUAAAAUUAUGAUGAACUUUGAGUAAAUAAAGCCAGGCAUACAUUUCAUACAACUACUAACUAAUCAAAAUCUAGCUGGAUCUAGAUCUACACAUUCAGUACUACUUGGGAGCAAAAAAAAAAAAAAAUAGAAGAUGGUUCAAAGAUUGACAAACAAUGGACUGCCAAGCAGAAGUUUUCAUUCUUCUUCAGGAUUGUCAGUAUAUAUUGUUCUGCUCAUAGUUUCAAAGGUGCUAAAAGCUGUUGGACUGUUCAUUGCCUAUGAUCUACUGAAAUUAAUCCCAAUUGUUGUAUUUCUAUUUUUACUUAAGGCAGGAACGGCUCUUCCAUUAGUGUUUUUACAAAAACCAUUUUCUUCUGGACCUCAAAUUUCAAAACAUCAGUGGUUUCGUAUUUGGCGUCAUGCAUUACUUGGAACAGGAAUCCACUUUCUGUGGAUAUUUGGCCUCACGCUUUGUGGCCCCUUAAGGACUAUUGUGCUUUUUGAACAUAGUGAAUUGGUUGUUAUUGCUGGUGCUAGUGCUCUUUUUUCAUCUAGUGGACCUGGAGGUGGACCAGCUAAGGCUAGGGGUGCUAUAUUUUUUAUUGUGGCUGUUUUGUCACUUCUGGUUUUUGAUCAUGAUGAGAAACUGAGCCAAAUGGGAGAUCAUGAAAAUGAAAGUAUUCAUCACAACAUAUUAACUCAUAUUUUUAAACAUGGAAUAGAUUUUCUUGGAUGGUCAGAUCACAAGGGAGGUGUCUUGUUGUUGUUCCUUACUCUGUGCCUCCACUCAGGAUAUAAUUCUGCUUCUAAGAAGCUUUCAGUUGAAGUUGGAGGCGCCAAACGCCUUCACAGUUUGUCUACAUUAGUCUCCACAGGACUGUUGUGGCCCUGGGCUUGCUUUAUUUAUAUCUCUACCGAGAAUGAGAUUCAGUCUUGGCUUUACCUCAUAUUCCCACUGUUGCUGGUAAUUUUAUUUGUUGGCGUGUUUGACUUCUACAUUGAGAGUCUUGCGUCUAGUCAUCUCCAGCCAAUCAAAGCUGUCUUCUUGGCACCAGCAGCCAUGUUUAGUGCCGCCAUUGUGCUGAGUCUGACAUGGACCCACCCAUACAUCACACGGGUGACAACUUUACACAAGCUGGAUGAUAUUAUAACAGAAGAUCAUGUUCUGUCUGGGGGUGUUAUUUUCAGUGUUUUUGCUUUUCUCUUAGCAACGAGAAUGGUUAUGGCUCGUGGACGCGCAGCUAAGGGAAGCUUUAUUGGCUAUAACCCAGCAGGGCUGCCACUCUACUCCAUUUCAAGUGAAGCUCUUCAGAAAACAUCGCAGUCCAUUAUUUCUGUUUUAAAAAGUGGGCUGAGACAAAUUUUGGAGGAUGGAGACUCUAGAAAAAUAUUUUAUUUUCUCUGCAUAAACCUUUGUUUCACAUUUGUAGAAUUGUUGUAUGGUGUUUGGACCAACAGCUUAGGACUGAUAUCAGAUGGUUUUCACAUGUUAUUUGACUGCUCUGCCCUUGUUAUGGGACUCUAUGCAUCCAUCAUGGUUAGAUGGAAGGCGACUAGAGUUUUCUCUUUUGGAUAUGACAGAGUGGAGGUUUUGUCAGGAUUUGUGAAUGGACUAUUUUUAGUAGUUAUUGCUUUGUUUGUGUUUGCUGAGGCCUUGGCUAGAAUGUUUGAACCUCCUGAGGUCAUCACUGAAAGGUUACUGACUGUGUCAGUAAUGGGUCUUUUGGUCAACUUGAUUGGGAUAGUUGCAUUCCAGAGUUCACUAUCUCAUGGCCAUAGUCAUGGAGGGGGAGGUCAUGGACACAGUCAUGGUGGUGGAGGUCAUGGCCACAGUCAUGGAGGCGGAGGUCAUGGACACAGCCAUGGUGCUGGCUCUCAGGAAUGUUCUUCCUCACCUGCUGUCUCACAUGGGCAUGCUCAUCAUAACACUAACAUGGAAGGAGUUUUUCUCCAUGUUGUGGCAGACACAAUGGGAAGUGUGGGUGUCAUUGUGUCAACACUUCUUAUUGAAAACUUUGGCUGGAACAUUGCUGAUCCCAUAUGUUCCUUGUUCAUCGCCACAAUGAUAUUUCUCAGUGUCAUUCCUCUUCUGAAGGAAACUGCAGUGAUUCUCAUUCUGAGGUCUCCCACAGAUGUUGAUGACUCAAUACACACUGCCUUGCACAAGAUAACAACCCUAGAAGGAGUUUUAUCCUACAGAGAACCCCAUUUUUGGUCCCACACCGCCAACAAAAUAUUUGGCAUGAUUCAUAUCCAGGUGUGGCCACAAGCACAGGAGCAAAGGAUAAUUGCCCAGGUGACAUCAAUCUUUAAGGACGCUGGGAUAAGCUCAAUAACUGUACAAGUAGAAAAACAAUCUUAUUUUUUCCACUUAUCUGGUCUGGGUGCCACACCAAUAAACAUUUCUCAGUUUUCGCAGCAGUCAGUUCACAACCUAUCUGAGCCACUCAGUAUAAAAGCUGUGUAGAUAAAAUUGCCACAUCCUUCAAAUUCAGACUCAAAUCUUUCUAAAUAAAUCCUACAAAAGAAAAAGAAUUGAAGUUGUUCCUUCAUGAAUCAUGCUAAAAUGAAAGUAGCCAGAUUUUAAAGAUGUACUGGUUUAAAUAAAUGUUUCAUGUGGCAAUAUGCUAUUCUGGUUGAAUUUUUUUAAAUUGGAUCAGAGACAAUCCAUAUGAUCAUAUCUUGUUAUGGUGCUGUAAUUUCUUUAUGUACAUGUUAUGUAAUUAAUUUGACCAUGUGAAUAUUAUAUGAUAAAACUUAUUUAUUCUACUUACAAUAAAUAGGCAUUUUGAUAUGUAAUAAUUUAUUUUAGAUUCAUUGUUUAAUAAAAAAAAGACUAGAUGCCCACAUUUAUUUUACCUAAAAGUUACAUUAUCAGCUGUGGUUUAAGAUUUUUCUUGUUAAAAUUCCAGACUAUAUGUAGAUUAUUGGUUGACUCAUCUUUAGUAUAGACUUGUUGGCAUCCUUAUUUUCUAAUGCUCAAAGUCCUCUAUGAUUUGAUGUCUAUGACAGAACAAUCUCUAUGAUAGCACAAUGUCAUGGACAUCACUUUCAUGUUGUUGACACAGCGAUGAUUUUUUUUUUUGGUGUAUAUAUUUUCUGUUAAAAGAAAUUCUGUUGAAAAUUACUAAAAUGUUUACUUCCUAAAAUUAUCAAAUAAAUUUUAAAAUAUAUAAUUGUGUUUUUUUUUUUAAAAUGAAUACAAAAUUAUAUUAUGGUUACAUUAAAUGUCUAACAUUGGGAAAUAUCCAUAAAAUUUUCAGAUAAAUGUGAGAUCACAUUUGAAUCUUCAAAUGUUAUUUAAAGUUAAAAGUUGAUGAAAUUAUACAUAAUUUGAUAUAUAGAAACACUCCAAUACUUUAUGGGCUUAAGGUUCAAAUAAAUUAUGUAUAUUUAGGUGAUGGUUAUGUUAUUUGAGUAUUGGCCCAUUUACUGAAAUGAAUAAAUCUCUUUUUUUAAUGCAACAUGUGUUUCUGUCCCGAGUUUUGCAUUAAGUCUUUUUUUUUUCAAGUAUCUUAGUUGAUUUUAAUACAAGUCUUCCAAAUCAUCUAUUGGUCAAGGUUCUAAAUUAGCUACCUCCCAGUAGGUAGCCUUUCACAUCUUUAAAAAAAAAGUAACACAAUUUAUAUAUAUAUAUUUAGAGAUAUACUUUGUAUAUGUUUAAAAUUUUAAAAAAAGUUAGUGUGAAGAUGAAUUAGUUAAAUUUAGUGCACUGGAUUAUCCUUUGUUGCAACAGUAUUAUUGGAAAAAGGCACAUAAAAAUUAAACAAGUAGGAAUGUUUGAGUUGUCUGUACUUGACUAUGUUAAACUUGUCACUUGUGUUUCUUGUAUCAUUUCCAAAAAAAGUGUUGACAAAUCAAGGGGAUCGUUAUAAAUAAUUCUAAAUUAAAACACUGUUGCCUCAAUGUUGACUAACUUUUCUUAGUUCUUUCUACUCUGUGGAGCAUAGGGCCUCAACCAUCAUCUGGAUCCUGACUUAAUUUUACAGUCUCCCAAGACAUUUCUGCCAUCUUUAGUUCUUCAGGAAGACUCCUGCCCCCAGGCCUGACUUGUGCACCCUCUCUUUUGCCGCCUCCCCCCCCCCCCAGGGGAUUCCCCUCAAGCGGCACAAUAUUGAGUUGUACUUAAUUUUGUAUGGCUCAUAGAUUUGCUGUACUUUCUUGAAUAAAAUUUCAAAAUUGUGUCACUGCAUUAAUAAAAUCAGGUUAUUGAACUCCACAGAUCAUUAUUAUUUAUUGGUUUCAAACUUAUGUAAGGAGGAUAUUGUGCCUAAAUUUCUUUUUUUGUUUCAGUACCUAAGAGAAUAAAUGAGCUGUACCUAUUAACUGUGUGUAUUGAAAUGUUAAGUAGAAAAAUGUAUUUAUUGCCCUGUGCCAUCUCUUAAUUCUUUUUUGUGAAGUUUGAAUAUUAAAUGUUUAUUAGUUUUAGAAAGCUUUAAAAAUUAGCAAAAAUGUUAUAUAAUAUAAUAUUAUGAAUGUUAUAAAUAAA